GGCCGCGCAGGCGCCGUGAGAGGCGGUAGCGGCGGCGGCGGCGGCGGCGGUAGCGGCGGCAGCUGUGCGGGGCUUCUGGGAAGAUGGUGCUGAUUAAGGAAUUCCGUGUGGUUUUGCCAUGUUCUGUUCAGGAGUAUCAGGUUGGGCAGCUGUAUUCUGUUGCAGAAGCUAGCAAGAAUGAAACUGGUGGCGGAGAAGGAAUCGAAGUCCUAAAGAAUGAGCCUUACGAGAAGGACGGAGAAAAAGGACAGUACACACACAAGAUUUACCAUCUAAAGAGCAAAGUUCCUGCCUUCGUGAGAAUGAUUGCUCCGGAGGGCUCCUUGGUGUUCCACGAGAAGGCCUGGAAUGCAUACCCCUACUGUAGAACAAGUAAGCAGAAUGAAUAUAUGAAAGAUGAUUUCUUCAUUAAAAUUGAAACAUGGCACAAACCAGACCUGGGAACGUUAGAAAACGUCCAUGGUUUAGAUCCAAACACUUGGAAAACUGUUGAAAUUGUCCACAUAGAUAUUGCAGAUCGAAGUCAAGUUGAACCAGCAGACUACAAAGCCGACGAAGACCCGGCGUUAUUCCAGUCAGUCAAGACCAAGAGAGGCCCUCUGGGACCCAACUGGAAGAAGGAACUCGCGAGCAGCCCCGACUGCCCUCAGAUGUGCGCCUACAAGCUGGUGACCAUCAAGUUCAAGUGGUGGGGCCUGCAGAGCAAGGUGGAGAACUUCAUCCAGAAGCAAGAGAAAAGAAUAUUUACAAACUUUCAUCGCCAGCUCUUUUGUUGGAUUGACAAGUGGAUUGACCUGACAAUGGAAGACAUUCGAAGAAUGGAAGAUGAGACACAGAAAGAGCUAGAAACAAUGCGUAAGAAGGGUUCCGUCCGAGGCACGUCGGCUGCUGAUGUCUAGAUGAGUCCCCUGUAGGGUCAGAGACAAUAUCAAACUGUUUACGCAACCAAGGUCAAGUGAGGGGAACCAGUGCAGCCGGUGACGAGUGAAGACGCCUCUGACCAGUCUCUUGCAGUGUUGAUGCUUCGCAGCGUGUGCGUGUGACUCCCUGUCACCCGCACAGGCUCCCAACCACGUGUGUAUAUAUGUUCCUGUGUGUGCGCACGUCUGUAGCUGUAUAUAAAACGCAUGUAGAGCUACAGGUCAGAAUACACACACUUGUGUAUAUAUGUACAUACAGACCUACUGAAGGGACUAGUACGAUUUCUCCAAAGUACUGUACCUGUCUUCAGCAAGAAUGCAAAUGAGAAUAUUUUCAAUAUAUACCUGGAGCAAAUUUUAAUAAUUAUCAGAGUAAUACCAUUAAUGGGCAAAUUGACUGCGAUGUAAUACUAGCUGGUAUGUUUCAUAAAUGUCAAGUGCGGACCAAUAUAUAUAUAUAUAUAAUAUACAUAUAUAUAUAGACUUUUAUUACUUUUUUGUUCUUUUAAAUCGGUCUCUUGUAAAUUUUUAUUUAGUUCACAUGCAUCAGACUCCCACAGAAAAAUGUAUUCAGAAUAUUUCGGUAUUCCAGUGAACCUGGAAUGUAAACUCUGAAUGUAUUUAUAACGAUUUCUUUCUGGAUGGCCAUUAUUUUAAAGCCAAAUUGGAAAAAAUGUCUUACUAGUAAGAAGUAAAGUUGUAGGCCAGUUUUUACUUGUUUGCCCUGAGAGGGGAAAAUCCUUUUAAAAAAGAAGUUCUGGUUUUUAUUGGAUUUUUGUAUCUUGAACUUCAAGUAUUUUUCUACAUCCAGCCUAGCAAAAGUGGAGAUGACGGUUUGUGAUUUAUAAUGAACACUAAACAAUUCCCAGGCUCCCGUUAGGCCCCCUGGGAAACGGCCGGAGACGCGGAGAGCGUGGUAGGUAGGCUGUCCAGAAGGAUUAGAGGUGGGUCCCGAACUCCCACCACGCCCCGUUCUGAAGUGACUUUCCUGACCCUGCAGCUUGGAAACUAUGCAAAAGGCUGGAGGAUUCCCAGCUUACCGGACAGCCUAGAGACAGGCUGAGGCUUUGCUCUCUCCGGGGUCAGCAGCACAUGGAGGGGGGCAUGCCGGCAGGAGACCGGGGGGACGGCAGAGGCAGCGGGAGGCGUCCGCACGGGGACCGGCCCUGCUGGAGUGUUCUCUAGUGGGGUGCUUCGGAGCCCGUCCUGAGCACGCGUCAGGAAAACGCUGCCUGGAAGCUGCCGCUGUGUCCCUCCCAUCCCACUCCAAGGGUGGGAUUUUUUUUUUCUUCAUUUUUAAGAACCAACAGCUAAGAUUAGGGUGGGAGCCAGAGCCAUAGGACAGCAGGGAGGGCGCUUACCUUGCCCAUAGCAAACCCAGGUUCUAUCCCGGCAUCCCAGCGGGUCCCUCCGCACACCGCCAGGAGCGAUUCCUGAGUGCAGAGACAGGAGUAAGUCCUGAGCAUCACUGAGUGUGACCCCUCCGGAAACAAAAAAAGAGACCAAAAGACUUCUUUUAAAAAAAAAAAAAAUCAGAUUUCUCGAUCCAAGUCCGCUAUUCCCCUCGGUCAUCCCUGGAAGCUUGAACAGAAUCUUGUUGCUGCCUUCCGGUCACAAAGUGUCUCGUGAGCCCGGUCCCUCCCCGAGCCCACCGGCCCCCUAGUCACAUCUCACUCGGAACCUGACAGCUGACAGUCCUUGCCCUCGCUCCCCCCCACCCCCCGUCUCCCUACGCAUCCUGUGUCCCCCUCGGAAGCCACCGCAGGUGGGCGUCACUGCCGCAGCACAGUGCCCCCCAUCCCCUCGCCAAAGCAGACCGGACCCACCCGCCCCUGUGCCGACGCCCACUGUGUCCUCAGGAUCAAGACUGCUGUUUACUCUCUGGGCGCCGUGGUGAGAUGGGUUUUGUCAGAGCGUGGUCACUGUCCGCGGAGUGUCCGAGGCGCGGAAGGUGCCGGCUGGCUCUGCGGAGCAGGGGCCCACCCUCCCUCUCCUCGGAGCGAGCCGAGCUCUCCUGGCCUCUGCGUGUGGCAGCGUCGUGAGCCCGGCGCGUGGAUCUUAAUGUCUUUCUAACAACUGUGGAGAUUUGAGGGAAUGUGUGGUGAAUGUAAAAUAUCUAGUUUACUCGGCAGUCUCUUGUGUAAAUUACAGUAAAACAAAGUAAAUGAAAUUUAAACAAAAAAUAAAUUUGAUCACAAAAUGCCA